AUGGCGGCAGGCGUGGCAGCUUGGUUACCCUUUGCCAGGGCAGCAGCCAUAGGAUGGAUGCCAGUGGCUACUGGUCCCAUGCCAGCUGCUCCACGGCAGGAAAGAAAGCGAAGCCAGGACUCCCUGAUUGUGCUGAAUGUGAGUGGCAUCCAGUUCCAGACAUGGCUGGACACCUUAGAGCGCUACCCUGACACCCUGCUGGGCAGUUCAGAGCGGGACUUCUUCUACCACCCUGAGACACAGCAGUACUUUUUUGAUCGGGACCCUGACAUUUUCCGCCACAUUCUCAACUUCUACCGUACUGGGAAGCUUCAUUAUCCCCGCCAGGAGUGCAUUUCAGCUUACGAUGAGGAGCUGGCCUUCUUUGGCAUCAUCCCCGAGAUCAUUGGUGACUGCUGUUACGAGGAGUACAAGGAUCGCCGGCGUGAGAAUGCUGAGCGCCUGCAGGAUGAUGCUGAUACAGAUCAUGUAGCUGAGAGCUCCCUACCCUCAAUGACAGCUCGUCAGAGGAUGUGGCGGGCCUUUGAAAACCCACACACCAGUACCCUGGCUCUAGUCUUCUACUAUGUCACUGGUUUCUUCAUUGCCGUCUCCGUUAUUGCCAAUGUGGUGGAGACGGUGCCCUGUGGGGUAAGCCCGGGUCGCAUCAAAGAGCUGCCAUGUGGAGAGCGGUAUGCGGUGGCUUUCUUCUGUCUGGAUACUGCCUGUGUCAUGAUCUUCACAGUUGAAUAUCUCCUACGUCUGCUGGCAGCUCCUAGUCGCUACAAAUUUGUGCGCAGUGUCAUGAGUAUCAUUGAUGUGGUGGCCAUUAUGCCAUAUUACAUUGGCCUGGUGAUGACAGAUAAUGAGGAUGUCAGUGGGGCUUUUGUGACAUUAAGAGUCUUUCGUGUCUUCAGGAUCUUUAAGUUUUCCCGCCACUCACAGGGUCUGCGCAUCCUGGGCUACACACUGAAAAGUUGUGCCUCGGAGUUAGGCUUCCUCCUCUUCUCGCUCACUAUGGCCAUCAUCAUCUUUGCCACAGUCAUGUACUAUGCAGAGAAAGGUUCAUCAGCCAGCAAGUUCACCAGCAUCCCUGCAGCCUUCUGGUACACCAUCGUCACCAUGACAACACUGGGGUAUGGUGACAUGGUGCCAAAGACAAUAGCUGGCAAGAUUUUUGGUUCAAUAUGCUCCCUGAGUGGGGUCUUGGUCAUUGCUCUGCCAGUUCCUGUUAUCGUCUCCAACUUCAGCCGUAUAUACCACCAGAACCAACGAGCAGACAAGCGCAGGGCACAGAAGAAAGCCAGGCUCGCUAGAAUCCGCGCAGCAAAGAGUGGGAGUGCUAAUGCCUACAUGCAGAGCAAACGAAAUGGCUUGCUGAGUAACCAGCUGCAGCAGUCCUCCAAUGAAGAAGAACAGGCCUUUGUUGGCAAAUCUGGCUCUUCCUUUGAAACACAGCACCACCACCUGCUUCACUGCCUGGAAAAAACUACGAACCACGAGUUUGUGGAUGAGCAAGUCUACGAAGAGAGCUGUAUGGAGGUUUCUACGGUGAACAGACCCCCGAGCCACAGCCCCUCUCUGUCAUCCCAGCAAGGCGUGACCAGCACGUGCUGCUCCCGAAGACACAAAAAGACGUACCGCAUCCCCAACACCACCAUCAGCGGCAGCCGCCCCGGCAGCGUGCAGGAGCUCAGCACCAUCCAGAUCAGAUGUGUGGAGAGGACGCCUCUGUCUAACAGCCGUUCCAGCUUAAAUGCCAAAGUGGAAGAGUGCGUUAAAUUAAACUGUGAGCAGCCUUACGUCACUACAGCAAUAAUCAGCAUCCCAACACCUCCAGUCACCACACCUGAAGGAGACGAUAGGCCAGACUCUCCCGAGUAUUCGGGAGGAAACAUUGUCAGAGUAUCUGCAUUAUAA